AUGGAAAAUAACUUCGAAUCGGGUUCCCUUAAUAGUGAUUCAGAAGAAUCAUCAGAUAUUUUCGUCUUUUUGAGUAGCGUAUCCGAGAAUGAUACUCGAACGCCUUCUCCUAGUUCACUAGAUUCCGAGGAAAUCAAAUAUCUACAAAACUAUCAUCUCUGUAAUCUCCGCGAACUCGUAGCAAACGGACCAAAACCAUUAAUUAAUGCAAGCAAUGACGGACUAGAACCAAUACUGAAAAAGUUGCAAGAAAAGAUUGAGACUUCGGUGAUAAGAACUGAAAGAAAAAAUAUCGGAAUAAUGAUAACGGACCUAUUGAAAAAUAUUGGAAUAGAUCUCGAAGAAUAUUUUCAGAUAUUAUCGCGGGAUCCAUUCAAUUGGACUUACGCGGGAACAUUGGGAUUUCUUU